AUGCCAAGAGAAAUAAUUACUUUAUAAGUUGGACAAUGUGGAAAUUAAGUUGGAAUGGAAUUCUGGAAAUAAUUAUGCUAAGAACACGGAAUAAAUUAAGAGGGAAUAUUAUAAGAAUAUGCAACAAAUACUGAAGAUAGAAAAGAUGUAUUUUUUUAUUAAGCUGAUGAUGAACAUUAUAUUCCUCGUGCAUGCUUAAUUGAUUUAGAAGAUCGUGUAAUAAAGCGAGUAGUACAUUAAUCAGGAUAUGGUUCUUUAUAUAAUCCAGAAAAUAUAUUUUGUGGUACAGACGGUUCUGGAGCGGGAAACAAUUGGGCAUAAGGAUAUUCAGAAGCUGAGAAAAUUCAAGAAGAAUUAUUAGAUAUGAUAGAUAGAGAAGCCGAUGGAUCUGAUAGUUUAGAAGCAUUUGUAUUAAUUCAUAGUAUAGCAGGAGGUUCUGGUUCGGGUGUGGGUUCAUUUUUAUUAGAAAAGUUAAACGAUAGAUUUCCAAAGAAAAUAAUUUAGACAUAUUCGGUAUUUCCAAGCAAUUAAGCUGAUGUAGUAGUGCAUCCAUAUAAUUCUUUACUUACAUUAAAAAGAUUGACUUUAAAUUGUGAUGCUACGACAGUAUUAGAUAAUACUGCUUUAGAAAGAAUAGCAUAGGAUAGAUUAAAAAUAAGUAAUCCAACAAUUUCGAAUACUAAUAGUUUAGUUUCGACAGUAAUGGCAGCUUGUACUACAACUUUAAGAUAUCCAGGAUAUAUGAAUAAUGAUUUGAUCGGAAUUCUCGCAUCUCUAGUACCUACUCCUAGAUGUCAUUUCUUAAUGACUGGAUAUACACCUAUUACAAUAGAUAGACAUAUAAGUACUGUUAGAAAAACAUCAGUUUUAGAUGUCAUGAGAAGACUUCUUCAAACUAAAAAUAUUAUGGUUAGCGCACCUACGAAAAAAGGACAAUAUAUUUCUAUUCUUAAUGUUAUCUAAGGAGAUGUCGAUGCUUCUUAAAUACACAAAUCUUUAUAAAGAAUAAGAGAAAGAAAAUUAGCCAAUUUUAUUACUUGGGGACCUGCUUCUAUAUAAAUUGCUCUUUCUAAAAAAUCGCCUUAUAUUGAAACUUCUCAUAAAGUUAGUGGACUUAUGUUAGCUAAUCAUACUAGUAUUCAUACAUUAUUUUAAAAAGUAAAAGAUAAUUAUGAAACAUUAAGAAAAAAAAAUGCUUUCAUUGAAAAUUAUAAAAAAGCAAAUAAUUAUAUAAUUGAAGAAUUCGAUGAUUGUAAUGAAAUUUUAUAAUAAUUAAUUGAUGAAUAUAAAGGAGCUGAAGACUCUUAAUAUUUGGAUGCAUAAGAAGAUUAAGACUUGGAUGAUGAUUAAGAAUGA